UGUCAAUCACCACCUCUUCAAGAAACUUCAGCUACUCCAUGUACACUGCCACAAUUUCCACCAGUCUCAUACUUCCCAGUCUACAACUUACCUCUAUCCUGCAACCAUCCAAAUUCGUCUCUACGACUCGUCUCCCUCCUGCCCCAAUUCGUUAAUCACUGAGGCAUUUUCUCUGAUUGCGCACAGUCCCCCACCAACCCAUCUCCCUCCUCCCUGCUCCCUGCCCCUUUGCUUCUAGCUGCUCCAUCAACCGAGCUUGUACCAGAGCUUAUUGUGUUUAUUUGCACGCAUACACCAUGCAUCACACUCGUCCUCGACUUGGGUCGAUGCUCAGCCCUGAGGACAUGCCUUUGACUUUUCUUCACCACGUGCUGGAUCUCGACCAGCGCAACUAUAGACUCACAGGCGCACAUUAUAGAACUGUGGUUGCAACAUGGCCAAAGCUGGGAGAACCAUGCGAACCUCAGCAUUGAGAUAAAUUCAUGUAGGUCGCUCAUGCCUUCUUCUGCAACUUCAAGCUUGCAUUUUCUUGGUUGGUCCUGUCGUUUGCGCCCUCACUCCCCUGCCUUUCACUCCUCUGCUCGUUGCUUUCCCGCACAAAAAUGGUCGCAAUCGACGAUUUCGACAGUGUUCUUGAAAAAGAUGCUGCUAUGGUCGACCAAGGUGUUGGAGAGGAUGAUGAUCUCCCACCUGCUGUUGCUGCAAAACGUCGCAUCCGCUACUUUGACGACGAAGAGGACAAUGACGCCACCGCUGGUCCUUCUACCCAUGGAAUGGGCUAUCCUCUACAACGAGUGAACUCGACUUUUUCCAUCCACUCCUUAUCAAGCGUACGAAGCGGUCAGCGUGUCAUUGACCCUGCCCUUGCUCUUCCCGUUCAAUACCGAACCUUGAGCUACAACAUCUCGUCACAACAAGAGCAGGCUAUCGCCCAGGCCAAGGACGCUCGAGAAAAGGCUGCUAUCGAUGUUGGAAAUCUCGACUGGCACUUGAUUUCAAUCAAUCAAAUCUGUGAAAGACUGAAAACCUCGGUCGAUACCGGCCUCACCCCUUCUGAAGUAAAAGAAAAACUCGCGCAAUAUGGACGUAACGUCCCCUCCCCUCCUCCAUCACAACUGGGAAGGAAACUAUUUGGUUAUUUCUUUGGGGGCUUCGGUUCAAUCCUCCUCUUGGGCGCCAUAUUGGUUUUCAUUUCUUGGAAACCACUUGGGAGUCCCCCAGCUCCUGCAAAUCUGGCCCUGGCCAUCGUUCUCCUUGCAGUCUUCUUCAUCCAGGCUGCUUUUAAUGCCUGGCAGGAUUUCUCAUCCUCAAGAGUCAUGAACAGUAUUACCGGAAUGCUUCCCGAGGCUUGCCACAUCCUCCGAGAAGGUGCCAAACAGACUCUUCAAGCUUCCGAAGUCGUUCCUGGAGAUGUCUUGUUUUUCAAAUCCGGCGAUAAGCUCCCCGCCGAUGUUCGUUUCAUUGAUGUCUCCUCGGAUGCAAAGUUUGACCGAAGUAUUCUCACGGGAGAAUCCCAACCCUUGGCUGCUGUCACCGAGUCGACCGAUUCCAACUACCUCGAAACUCGCUGCAUUGGUAUGCAAGGUACACAUUGCACAUCGGGUAGUGGCAUUGGAGUCGUCGUUUCCACCGGUGACAAGACCGUCUUUGGCCACAUUGCGAAACUGACAAGUCAGCCCUCGGUGGGACGCACCCCUCUUCAAAGGGAGAUCAUUCGAUUCGUCACCAUCAUUGUCUCCUUGAUGAUCUUCAUGAACAUCAUUGUCGUGGCCGUGUGGGCAGGCUACAUUCGCCACGAGCACCCUGGAUAUAUGCCCGUCGCCACCCUCAUCGUCAACAUUGUCAGCGUCGCCAUUGCCUUUGUUCCUGAAGGUCUUCCUAUUGCCUUGACCGCAUCUCUGACCAUCACUGCCAACAUAAUGAAACGAAAUGACAUCCUUUGCAAGUCACUCAAAACGGUCGAAACCCUGGGUUCUGUCUCCGUCCUCCUCUCAGACAAAACAGGAACAUUGACCAAAAAUCAAAUGGUUGUGACGGAAUGCCUCCUAGGUUUCACAACGAUCACGGCCGUGGAAGCCGUUCAGGACGUCUCUGUGGAGAAGCCCGAUUCCAAGUCAUGCAAACAGGCCCUCCAGCAGCUCCAGAUGGUAGGCGCCGUCUGCAACGCUGGCGAAUUUGACCCAACAACAACUCAUCUUCCAUUGAAUCAACGCAAAAUCAUGGCAGAUGCCACUGACCAAGCCAUUCUACGGCUCUCAGAAAGUCUCGGCUCGGUAUCCUCCGUCCGUCAGCAGUGGCGAAAGCGAUUCGACCUGGCCUUCAACUCGAAGAACAAGUAUGCUUUGCGUGUUGUUUCUACCGAGGAUCAAACCGCACUUCAGACAAGUCUCAGUGAAUCCGAGGCUCAGCAGUACAACAUGGACCACGACAUGUUGUUGUUGAUCAAAGGAGCGCCCGACAUCCUCCUAGCUCGAUGUUCAAAGUAUGUGGGAGAGGACGGCAAUCUCCACGACCUCGAUGACGGCAUUCGCGCCUCUAUCGAAAAUACCAAAGAUGUAUGGUCAAGCCAGGGAAAAAGAGUUCUUCUUCUCGCUCGCAAACAUGCACCAGCCGGAUCCUUGCCUUUGCAUCCCAAUGACAACUCCUGGGAAACCGAGGCAGUUCGCUUUGCGCAGACUGAACUUAGCCUCGUGUCGCUCGUCGGUAUUGUCGAUCCUCCACGAGACGAAGUACCUAGCGUCAUUCAAAUACUUCGUCGAGCAGGAAUUCGCACCAUGAUGGUCACCGGCGACUUCAAGCUCACAGCUCAGGCAAUUGCUCGCAUGUGUGGUAUCAUCACUGUCGACGAGCACCAAAUACAUUCAAUCAACAAUCUCCCAAGAUAUCCACCCCAAGAGGCGCCCAAACUGUCAAAGAAAGCCAAGAAGCAAUCCAAUGCCUUACCUUUGACAAACAAAGCGAUUGUGCUGACUGGAUCAGAACUCAUGACCCUUUCGGAACAUCAGUGGAAAACUUUGACCAUGGAAUAUUCGGAAAUUGUCUUUUCAAGGACUACACCAGAUCAAAAGCUUCGCAUCGUCAAAGAGUUUCAGUCUAAUGCCUAUGUUGUGGCGAUGACUGGCGAUGGCGUCAAUGAUGCUCCAAGCCUUAAGCAGGCCGAUAUUGGCAUUUCCCCAGUCUCUGCCUCCGACAUUGCGAUUGAGGCAUCCGACAUGGUUUUGCUUGAGUCAUUCUCGGCAAUCCCGGAGGCAGUCCUCUAUGGUCGUGUCGUCUUUGACAAUUUGAAAAAGACCAUUGCCUAUCUUCUCCCCGCCGGAUCUUUCGCCGAAUUCUGGCCUGUUAUGACGAGCGUUGUUUUCGGUCUUCCCCAAGUGCUAUCCUCAUUUCUCAUGAUUGUCAUCUGUUGCUUCACCGAUUGUCUGGCCGCAACAGCACUGGCGUAUGAAGCCCCCGAGGCGGAUGUCAUGCGUCGGCCCCCGCGAGACGUCAACCAUGACCGUCUGGUGGACUGGAAACUCCUGGCCCAAUCGUACGGGCUCAUUGGCUUGCUCGAGACGACAUGUUCUUUUGCCAUGAGCUACUGGUACCUCUACCGCAACGGCCUGCAUUUUGCAGAUCUGUGGUUCGCGUUCGGCAAUAUUACUCCACCAGCUGGCCAGACGUCAGACGAUGUCACCUACCACUUCAAUGUCGCUAGCAGCAUCUACUUUGUCACUCUAGUGGUGAUGCAGUGGUUCAACUUGAUGGCUCUUCGCACGCGGCACUUGAGCAUAUUUUCUCACCCACCUCUAUUCAACGCGAAGACCCGGAACGUGUAUCUGUUCCCCGCCAUCCUAUUUGCACUGGUCGUGGCGCUCAUAUUCACCCUCGUCCCAGGCAUGGAGAGUUUGGGUUGCGAAAAUGUCCCUGUGGAGUUCUGGUUCUUGCCCUUCACCUUUGGCUUGGGACUGUUGUCCCUUGAUGAGUUGAGGAAAGCUGCGGUGAGAAGGUGGCCCAGUGGACUCGUGGCCAAGAUUGCCUGGUGAUGAGCAGUGGCUAUGUGCCACGGGCGUAGCUACAACUGACUUUAUUGUGCUUUGUAUCUGUGCUAGCAUAAGAUAGACUAGGAAAGUCUUGGGCUGAAAGACCAUGCUAUCAACUUGAACGACCCCAUGUUAACGAUCAAUUGCCCUGCGAAGGUCGGACUUUGUGCCACCCUAUUGUUAUGGGUCUGCAUGUGCGAUGUCAUAUUCAUCUCAUCAAUCUAGGUGCAUGUGCCCAUUCACCCCCAAUGAAACAGGGAUAACUGAUGCCAGCGCAUAUCAGGCCCUCCAUUUAGUUGUUCGUUCAAUCAUUGAAGCAUCAAGAGACCGCAGAGCAUAUCAUUGUCCACGUUCGUGGCACUCCCGAUUCUCCUGGUCCAUGGGGAAGCGAGUGCCCCUAGAUUUGGGGCUCUCUCUUUGUGACGCGGAGCCACAUGUCGGUGACAAAGAAUACUCCUGCACUGAACGAGGUCCACGGCUUCUGAGGAUCGGCGACGGUGAAGUCAAAAUUUCGCAGUAACUACACAGAGACCCGACGGGUCGAAUUAGCUGCAGUUCGAAAGAAACCAAUGGCCAAUCCAUGGAAGGCCGGUCUCCAUAUUGCAUCGCAUACCUCGAGAAUAACCUUAUUCAGUUCAAUCGCCGCGACGGCUUUUCCGAGACACUGGGACCUCCCUCCACCGAAAACCAGCUCCAGAUUGUUUUCCUUACGGCGCCUCUCCUCCGCCGUCCCUUCUAGCCAGCGCUCUGGGCGGUAGAUUUUCGCGUCGUUGCCCCAAAUCUUGGGAUUGAGGAAGAGGCCAAAGGCAGAAUAUCCAAUCUUGGUCCCUGGUGGCAAAUAGUAUCCCAGUACAUUGUCGCCUUGAGGGGGAACCACUUUCAGCAUGAGGCCCGUCACUGGUGGGUGGAUACGCAAGCCUUCUUUGAUAACCGCUUGCAAGUAUGGCAGUGCCUUUGCUUCGGCGUCGGUAACGGGUUUGCUGACCUUGGCGGCCGCGAUCUCAUUGAGCAACUUGGUCUGGACUCGUGGGUUGGUAAUGACAUGUAAAAUAAUGGCACGGAUGGCCGAUGCGGUCGUGUCACUUCCAGCGAGACUUGACUAAAGUGUUAGUGGGAAAAGGAAGACGAUAGAUAGUACAGGUGGGUGACUAGUGGUGUUGAAUAGGAACACGUACAUCUGUACCAGAGUUUCAGACUCGGCUUCCUCCUGAGAUAGGCCAUGAGCGACGAAUGAGCCGAGCAUGUCCCAUUUGCGUUUGGCGUCGGGCACAAAACGUUCCUGCACGACCUCUUUUGCUAGGCUGAACCAACGAUUUUCAAUUUUUCAUCGAAAGAACCAAAGGGCGGGUUGAAAACGAUAUAUGACACUUACCCCAUGAUUCUGCCCAAGCCAUAGGCAUCCGUGUUCUUAGGCAAAACACUCUUCAAGAGCGGUGACUGGAAGAUCUGAGCUAGCAAUGGAAACACGCUCACUAACAUCAUGACUGGAAUGGUGUUCUCGGUGGUCUGGAGGUACGAGAACAUAUCGGUGUCAUUUUGAAUGAAUUCAAAGGGUCUGCCAAAGGCAAUUUUGCCGAUGAGAUCGAGAGUCAAGUAUUGUGCCUUUUUGCAGAAAUCCAAUGGACGGUACUCGGAAUCCGUGGACAAGUAUUUGGUCUCAAUCAGCUGGAUGAAGCUAGCGACGACCUCGUCGAUGGACUUCUCCAGGUCCAGAUUUUCCUUUCCGGCAUACUAAGUAAAUAGAUUAGGUUAGAAAGGGGACACCUACCCAAUGGGAAGGUUGCAACUGCAACGUACGCCGGGUGCCAUUCUCGCGCGGAGAGACUGAUGGCGUUCCACAUUACGUUCAGAGAGAAUAUUGGCACGAUCAGGGUCGAUUUUGAUGGCGUCGUACCAAUCUGAUCGAAGGUAUGGGGUUCGAACGGCGGUGAUUUUUCGAAGAGUUUCCGGGUCGCAGGUCACAAGUUCAUUUGGACCGAUUCGAACGAGAGGGCCUGUCAAAGAAAGCGUAGAGGGUUUGUUAGUAUGCUAUUUUUCGACAGAGUUCUGGCGUUGUCUGCAGUUCAUGAUGACCUGGGAUGUUACCAUGUUUGAAUAUCUGUUCUGCAGUUUCCAUGUGGAUCGUGCCAUUCCAUGUACGUUUGAGGAGCCACCAUUUCGACCAUCCUGCGGAUCGGGGGCCAGGAAUAUGCCGUAAGCGACUCCAGUUAUAGACGACGCGGGUUGAUACAGUGACCAGGACUAGGAGGACGACGACGGUGAGAAGGAGAGACAUGUCAAUGGUGGGAAAUUUUUUCUCAAUAAGGAUCUGGGUUUGGGGCCCGUUUUCCUGUCUAAAGUCAGUUCGGUGACACGAAACAGUCCCGACAACUUGGAAAUCAAUAGGAGGAGGAGAAAGUCUGGUGAUAGAAACGAACAUACAUUUGUCGAGGGGGUGAGUUGACAGGGAAUGAAUGCAUCGGUUGUGACUGUGUGAGUGAGUGAGUUGGCUGGUCAGGUGGGUCGAGUCACAAUCACCAUUUCAGUUACGGAAUUCCAUGGUUUGGAUGGAUGUACAUUCAGUACUCGUAGGUACAUACGAUGCGAAAGUACGAGUAGGGAUUGCCCCUCUUGGUAACUACCCUUCACCCUCUAUGCCUUCUCUCUUGUUCGUGACUUCUGCUCUGGCUACCGUGGGGGUCACCUCAAGCAGGGAUCGGGAGUUGUGACCGCGUGCCUUAGU